UUGCUGUUGCAGAAGGCGGACUGGCCCUGGGCAGCAGCAGCAGUAGUACACAGUGGAACUGCGGAGUGACGGCGCGUUAUUCUUUACAUGAUUAAAAUACUAAACGUGGAAGAACAUACGCACGGAUCCACAGAAACGUAACUUGAAUACCCAGUCCGUCAUGGAGUCCUAUGACAUUUUAGCUAACCAGCCGGUUGUGAUUGAUAAUGGUUCGGGGGUUAUCAAAGCUGGUUUUGCUGGUGACCAGAUCCCAAAAUACUGUUUUCCUAACUAUGUGGGGCGUCCCAAGCAUGUGCGCGUGAUGGCAGGAGCCCUGGAGGGAGACCUCUUCAUUGGACCCAAGGCGGAGGAACACAGGGGCCUGUUGUCGGUGCGGUAUCCGAUGGAGCACGGGAUUGUGAAGGACUGGAACGACAUGGAGAGGAUCUGGCAGUACGUUUAUUCCAAGGAGCAGCUGCAGACUUUCUCUGAGGAGCAUCCUGUACUGUUGACUGAGGCCCCUCUCAACCCCAGCAAGAACAGGGAGAAGGCUGCAGAGGUUUUCUUUGAAACCUUCAACGUUCCUGCUCUCUUCAUCUCCAUGCAGGCUGUGCUUAGCUUGUACGCCACAGGCCGUACCACCGGUGUUGUUUUGGAUUCAGGUGAUGGUGUGACCCAUGUUGUGCCGAUCUACGAGGGCUUUGCCAUUCCACACUCCAUCAUGCGUGUAGACAUAGCUGGAAGAGAUGUCUCUCGGUACCUCCGCCUGCUGUUGCGCAAGGAAGGCUACAACUUCAACACCUCUGCAGAGUUUGAGGUCGUUCGCACCAUCAAAGAGAGAGCCUGUUAUCUGUCUCUCAACCCACAAAAGGACGAGACUUUAGAAACAGAGAAGUCUCAGUACGUUCUUCCUGAUGGAAGCACUUUAAAUAUUGGUCCAGCCAGGUUCCGUGCUCCAGAGCUGCUCUUCAGACCCGACCUGAUCGGAGAUGAAAGCUCGGGGAUCCACGAGGUCCUGGCCUAUGCUAUCCAGAAGUCUGACAUGGAUCUCAGACGCACAUUAUUCUCCACCAUAGUAUUGUGUGGAGGAUCAACACUGAUCAAAGGUUUUGGGGAAAGACUACUCACUGAAGUCAAGAAGCUUGCACCCAAAGACGUAAAGAUCAAGAUCUCUGCUCCUCAAGAGAGGCUCUAUUCCACAUGGAUUGGGGGCUCUAUUCUGGCAUCACUGGACACCUUUAAAAAGAUGUGGGUGUCGAAGCGGGAAUAUGAAGAAGACAGAGCACGUGCCAUCCACAGGAAGACUUUCUAGUCUGGGCUCUGUGAAAGCCCCCAGAACUGCCCUCAAACCCCCCCUCCAUCAUACUGUCGGAGACUCCCAUAUUCCUGCACCUGCCAUUUUCUUCUAAACCACUGUCAGCCUACUGCUUUACCCCCACCCCUCCUCAGAAAAACACACAAAUUAUUUGUGGGUGUUUCCUUAUUUCCUCCUCUUUCAUUUCCCUCCUGUUCUCCAUGUUCCUCUUGCUGUUGGGUGAAGGGGACAGCACCCGUCACAUCACUCCCAAGCAUCCCAAACAUUCACAUACAGAGGGCUGCCAGGGUAUCUGAGAGGGCAAUGAUUAGCACUGUGGACUAUCGCUACAGGCCAUGCCAUUCUAUCAUUUAGUCCACAUUGAAGUAUUGCUGUUGCUCUCUCGUCUACAAAGCCCUGCAAGGUGUAGAAUAUAAUGAAAUGUCAAAAAACGUGAAUGUUUUUCUUUUUUUCUUUUGCUACUGUUGAAGUCUCCAUUCCAAACCGAAGACAUAGAUUUUUAUUUAAUGUCCUCUUUGUAGGUUUUUUUAAACUUUCAGACACGGAUUAGCUCAUACAGAACAGAACAAGGCUUGAUCAACUACAGCAGCAUAUAGUGCUAGUAAGGUAAAGGUAACCACUGUAUUAUGUAUUUGGCCAAAAUUGCACAGUUACUAUCUUAAAGUGAUGCAGUUGAUGUAUAAUCCCAUCUGACUAACCUGAAGUCGGCUCUUGUUAUCUUCUCUGUUGUUGUUACCAACAAAAUGUUUCCACACAAUGAAGUUCGAUGAAGAAAAAAUUUGGCGCAGUCGUUUUUGUCAGCUUUGUUAUCAGCUGACAGAUUAAAUCAAAGUUAGGAAAUGUCUUCUUUUUCAUUUGUUUCCUCGAUCACAGUGACCAAGAUUAAUUUAACACUUGAAGAAAAAUCUAAUUUAUUUUUCAACCUGGUUCUUAUUGUCGUAGCUGUGGCUGCUGUGCCUCUGGGACUGCCAUCUGUUGUAGAGAUUUUGGUUAGUGCAACUUGUGCAAAGUACAGUGAGUCUCUUAAAACGUCAUGUACAUGAUAUAAAAUGAGGCUCUGAUUGAUUUGAGUGUGGGUUGUUAUUUGUAGAGAGAACGGUUGGGAGGUGACUGGCAGUGCUCUGGUUGUUGUGUAUCUUUGCAGAGGCAGAAUCCAAUUCUCUUGAUACCCUCAAUCUUCGUCUGGGAUUCCUGUUUGAGUAAAAGUGGUCGACCAUCAGAGGGUAAUUUCAACUAAAGCUGAAACGAUUAGUUAAUUCAUUGUUUAAAAUCUGCAGAUUGAUAAACCAUAACUGAUGUUUACAGACCAAUUUCCAUCAUUGAUUAAGCUGGUGAUUCCUUCACAUAUUUUAUCCUUUUACUGUAAAACGUAGGGAAAUGGCGAUAUAUAUUCUUUUUAUGAAUACCCUGACCAACGGUUCAACCCAUAAAUGUGUUCAGUUUAGUGUCAUCCAUGUAUAGUCUUUUCACCUGAGAAGAUAAGGGCAGUUGUUUGUUAUUGCUAGAAAAUAUUAAAAACUAAUGUUUAGACAAAGAGGCUAGUGUUGUGGAUGACUUGUGUAAAACAAGUGGGCUUCAAAAGAUUUAGGGGGGUCAUGCUGCGCUCAGAAUUAAGUUAAAUAACGUGAAAAAGAACCAGGUGGAAGAAUACUAGAUCAUUUCCUUGGAAUGUUUUUCAAUGUAACAUUCAGCUGACAUAUUAAAAAAAGUUUCUGUCCAAUUUCCCCAACUUGUCUAUGUGAAGCUCUGUGCUUCACAAACUCUGUUGCAUAUCAGUGAAUCUUGUUUCAGAGACAUGUCCACUGAGACAAAUGGCCAGGCUCUGGAGUCUCUGGAGUUCCCUCCCUCCCUCCUCCCUCCUAUGUACUGAAAACCGGGUCUUAUGAUUUCCCUGCAUCUCAGUGGCAGUGAAGGGGUUGUGUCCACACCUCACCUGUCCGCCUUACACCGACUGUGUCAAUGCCGCAGCGCUCAUUACGUCUGCUUUUUGGUGUUUUUAAAAGAAGAUGAGAACAAGAGAAACAGGUUGUAAAGUGUCAUCAGCCUUGUGUACAGUGGAAUGCUUUUCAAAAACAACCACCACAAAAAACAUAGGAUAACAGACUUCAAAUGUACAAAACUGUUUAUUCAAGUGUUUGCUUUUACUUUUUCGUAAAUUCAAUAUAAUAAAUAAGUUAAUGGCU